CCGUUCCGCUGCCGUUGGUGGCUGGCGGUAUGCCUACUGGAGAUCAGCGGACCAGCGUCGACCUCUCAGUGCUGCGGCUCACAUGACGCUUUAUAAAAGCAGCGGGCUAUAGAACUUGAAGUGGGUCGUGGCACACCAUGUCCUACAUUUUCGAAGGUGCUGCACUGCAGAGCAGCAGAUCCAAACUUGCAGUCAGCUCCGUAUAAUGGCGUCGACCGUGAACCUGACCGAGCGUCUCCCGAACGCCAACCUCAAGGCUACCUACUGCCCGCAACCGACCACGACGCGUGGCGCCCCCACCGUCCUCGGCGUGCACCCGAAGGAGCCCAAGAUCAUCUACUGCUCCGGGAAGCUUGUCGUGAUCCGCGACCUCGAAAACCCUGCCAACUGCCUUAUCUACCAAGGCCACAACAGCCCGACGACGGCUGCCAAGAUCUCGCCCAAUGGCUACUGGGUCGCCUCGGCCGACAUGUCGGGCAAGGUCCGCGUCUGGUCGUAUGACAACCCGGAACACACGCUCAAGGUCGAGGUGCCGGUGUUUGCUGGCGAAGUCAAGGACUUGAGAUGGGACCCGGACAGCAAGCGCAUCGUCGCUGUCGGUGAUGGCCGUACGCUCCUCGCUCGCGUCUUUAUGUGGGACACGGGCAACAGCAUUGGUGAAAUCGCGGCCAAGUGCUUUAACCAGCAAAAGCUGGCGGCGAUGAUGUCACACAGCCUUUUCUUCUUACACGCCGACGAGUAUCGGCUGAAAUGA